AUGUCUGGAAUGAGAAUGGCGGAAGUAACAAGAAGUUUGGGGUUUAAUAGCCUGGUGAGUAUACCUGCAGUUGGUUUAGCAGGUGGAUUUUGCUUCAUGUGGUUUGAUCAUGUUAAGAUAAAAGUUCUGAAUUGUGAAGGUAGUAGAAUUUUUGUUGAAGUUUGGGAUCCUCGUUUUAAUGUUCCCUGGCUGCUUGGUGCUGUUUAUGGCACACCUUAUGAAGUGGAGAAGGAAAGGUGCUGGGAUAGUCUUGCUUCUCAUGUGGAAGAAGUGUCGAUUCCUUGGGCUAUUAACAGGGGGGUGGAUCUCCGGUUCAAAGGUUCAAAGUUCACUUGGCAAAAUAAAAGGUUUAAUGGAGGUCCGAUUUGUGAGAGACUGGAUAGAGCUAUUGGUUCUGCAGAUUGGAUUGCAAACUUUCUGAAUGCAGGGGUAAUGAACUUUCCUAUUUCUAUUUCGGAUCAUGCUCCUAUUUUCUUAGAUGUGAACAUGUUUGCUUGUAAAAGAUACAUUCCCUUUCGCUUUUUUGAAGCUUGGACCCGAGUGGACUCGUGCAAGUCGACUAUAGAAGAUGCUUGGACCAACAUGGAUUUAGAUCCAAACAGGCGGAUUAAUUUGAACUUAGGCAGAACUCGGCAGGCUCUUCAAGCCUGUAAAAAGAAUAGAUUUGGAGACAUCGAGCAUUCGAUAAAAAUUAUGGAAAACUGUCUCCUAAUCAUUCAAAGUCAGCCUCUCAGUGAUGAUUUGAUGAAAGAGGAGGCAGAGAUUCAAAAUAGUUUGGCGGAGGCUUGGAGGAUUAAGGAGGACAUGUGGAGGCAAAAGUCUAGGGAUCUCUGGUUGCGGCUUGGGGAUAGGAAUUCCAGAUUUUUUCAUGCUUCUGCUGCUGUCCGAAGACGUCGUAACCAAAUUUGGAGCCUUCGAGAUUCUUGUGGGAUUCUGCGGGAGGAUAGGCGGUCAGUAUCUAGUAUCAUAAAUGGAUAUUUUGCUGAGCUAUUUUCUUCGUCAAAUCCUUCCAUCCCUCAGGAUUUUGGUGACCUUUUCCCUGAGAAAGUUGAUGGCCUGGCUAAUACAAUCAUUAUGGAAAUUCCCUCCCCUGAGGAAAUUAAAGAUACAGCGUUCGAAUUAAAUCCUUUGAAGGCCCCUGGCCCUGACGGUUUCUCGGGAUGUUUCUUUCGACACUAUUGGUCUAUAGUAGGAGAGAAUGUGGUGGAGGCGAUUCAGAAGGUUUUCCAGGCUGGUGAGAUGGAUCCUAGACUGAAUUAUAACUUCAUUUGUUUAAUCCCAAAGGUGGACUGUCCGGAGAGUAUAUAUCAGUUUAGACCAAUCAGCCUCUGUAACUUCUUAUACAAAGUGGUCACCAAGAUCAUUUCAAACAGACUGAGACCCUUUAUGGAUGGUCUGAUCUCCCCCAUUCAGUCAGCUUUCAUCCUAGGUCGUUGGAUAGCGGAAUCGUCAAUUCUCACUCAAGAACUUGUACAUAAGAUUCGAAGUGUUAAAGGAAGGGGUGGCCUUAUGGCUAUAAAGAUAGAUAUGCAGAAAGCCUACGAUAAGAUGGAAUGGAGCUUUAUCCAUCAAGUUUUGGUGGAGAAUGGUUUCGACAGAAGGGUGUGUAAGUUGAUUUUGUCUUGCGUUAGUACAGCUUCUUAUUCAGUGUUACUAAAUGGAAGCCCUCUAAAAAAGUGUUUCCCAAAGAGGGGGCUCCGUCAAGGGGACCCGCUCUCUCCCUUUUUAUUCAUUCUAGCUCAAGAGGUGUUGUCAAAGCUUUUCUUUAGAGCCGAGAAUGGAAAUCUGGUGCAUGGUAUCAAAGUGGCUAGAACUGCCCCUUCAAUUUCUCACUUGAUGUUUGCCGACGACACGAUAUUGUUCUCUCGGGCGAAUGACAAGGAAGCUAAGGAAUGGAUGAAGUGCAUGGAGUUGUAUGAAUCAUGGUCAGGACAAGUUUGUAGUAAGUCCAAGUCAAGUGUGUUUUUCUCAAAGAAUUUGCAAGGCUCAAGGAAGAAGAGAAUUCUAGAGGUGCUAGAGGUUGGAGAGAUAAGAGGAGGGGAAAGGCAUCUUGGCAACCCCUUUAUUUUCAAGAGAAGGAAAAAAGAAGACUACAAUCGGCUUAAAGCUUCGAUGGAGAAGUUCUUGGAAGGUUGGAAAUUUAAAUUUUUAUCUUAUGCUGGGCGGUUGACCUUAAUUAUGUCAGUUGCUGCCUCUCUCCUAGUGUAUCAUAUGGCAACAAAUAAGGUGCCCAUUUCUGUUUGUCGAGAAAUGGACGCUUUGGUGAGAAGAUAUUGGUGGACUGGAGGCGUAAAAAAAGAUAAGUUUAUGGCCUACAGGGCCUGGGAUAAAGUUUGUCAACCGAAAUCCUCUGGAGGCCUUGGAAUUAGAAGAUUUGAGGAUAUGAACCGGGCCCUUCUCUCAAAAUUGGCCUGGUCUGUGGCCAGAAAUGAAGGAAAACCUUGGGUUCAAUGUCUUAAAAGCAAAUACUGCAAAUGGGAAAACUUCUGGACAGUUACAAAGGGAAGUAAUAAUUCUUUUUUCUGGGGCAACUUAUUGGAGGUUAGGGACAUUAUUUUCAAAGGAUCAAUGGCUCUGGCUGGCAGUGGUGGGACAAUUGAUAUGUGGAAUCAACCUUGGGUUCCCUGGUUGGAUGCUCAAUCCUUUAAACUUCUUAUGAAUGGGUUGAGAGGGAGGGGAUUUAUGGCAACUACUAUUGCAGAUAUUUCUAUUGGACACUCCUGGCAUGAAGAGAUGGUGAUGCAGAUGUUUGGUGAGCAGUUGGGCCGGGCAAUCAUGAAUAUUCCUAGACUGCCUUACCCUCAUGAAGAUGUGCUAGUUUGGAGGGCAAAUAAUAAUGGUGUGUUCUCCGUCAAGAGCGCCUACUGUCUAGACCAAGCCUUUCGGUUUGAGGAUCCAAGGAGUAUUUGGAAGUGGAUUUGGAGUAAGGAUAUCCAUCAGAGAAUCUCUGUCAACCUUUGGAGAUUCUUACAGGAGGCUAUUCCAAUCCGUAACAAACUGCCUUUUGUUCUAGAAAAAGAUUGUCUUUUUUGUGGAAAUGAUGAGGAAACUGGUAUUCACAUAUUUAAAGAUUGCAGUUUUGCAAAAGCCUUGUGGUUCACUGGUGUUAUGCCUAUUCGGGUUGAGCAGGUUAAUUCAAAUUCCAUUGAGGAGUUCGUGGAGAUAAUCCUAUCUCCAGUUUAG